AUGGAGCCUUCUGAAGAACCUAGUCAGAUUAGCAAAGAUAACUUUUUAGAAGUUCCUAAUUUAUCUGAUUCUCUUUCUGAAGAUGAGGAAGUUAAAGCUACUUUCAAACCUGGCUUCUCGCCUCAACCUAGUAGACGAGGUUCUGAUUCUUUUGAAGAUAUGUACCUGGACACUCCAUCUUCAGGUGCAAGAAGAGUUUCAUUCGCUGACACCUUUGGAUUCAAUCUUGUGUCUGUCAAAGAAUUUGAUUGCUGGGAUUUACCAAGUGUUUCCACCGGUUUUGACUUAAGGAAGGACAUUUUUCACACAGAAGAAUAUGUUUUAUCUCCACUAUUUGAUUUGCCUUCUUCAAAAGAAGAUCUUAUGCAGCAACUUCAAGUACAGAAAGCAAUCCUGGAGUCAACUGAGUAUCCUCCUGGGUCUACAAGUAUGAAGGGCAUUAUUCGAGUUUUGAAUAUUUCUUUUGAGAAGUUAGUAUAUGUGAGAAUGUCCUUGGAUGACUGGCAGACACAUUAUGACAUUUUAGCAGAAUAUGUCCCAAAUUCAUGUGAUGGUGAAACUGACCAGUUCUCCUUUAAGAUUUUAUUGGUUCCCCCUUAUCAAAAAGAUGGCAGUAAAGUUGAGUUUUGUAUACGUUAUGAAACUUCUGUUGGUACAUUUUGGUCAAAUAAUAAUGGCACAAAUUAUAUACUGAUUUGUCAAAAGAAAGAACAAGAGCCGAAGCCUGUAAAACCACGGGAAGAAGUUCCUAAUAGACAAAUAAAAGGCUGUUUAAAGGUAAAAUCAAGUAAAGAAGAAUCAUUAGUAACCUCAGGCGAGAAUAACUUUGAGAAUUCAAAGAUUACAGAUACCUAUAUCCCAACAAUUGUUUGUUCUCAUGAGGACAAGGCAGCCUUGGAAACCAGUAAUCGAAAUGUAAAAGAUGUAAACAGGGAACAUGAUGAACAUAAUGAAAAAGAAUUAGAGUUGAUGAUAAAUCAAUGCUUAAUAAGAAGUACUGCUUCCAGAGAUGAAAAGAAUACAUUUGCAAUAGAUCCGGUCAAUUUUCCAAAUAAAGCUGAGGGGUUAGAGAAGAAGCAAAUCCAUGGUGAAGUACACCCUGACUUGUUUAAAAGGCCUUUGUCUCCAAGUUCAUCAGCAGAAAGCUCCUUAAAGGGAGAUUUUUACUGCAAAGAAGAAUAUUCCUCAGAAAAUAAGUGUAGACAUCAACCUUCAGAGGAAAUUACUUCAGAUAUAGGAGAAAUCAAGCCACCAUUGGGAGAUACUAGUAGUGAUGAAUUAGUGCAAUUACACAUUGGCAGCAAAGAAGUACUGGAUAAUAAUGCUAAUCCAGCAGAAGGGAGAGGCAGAGUGCAAAUAUCUAGUCCUUCCUCAGAUCAACUAGUCGCAGACAAUCUUAAUAAAAAACAUGAAGGAAGAGCUGAGAAAAUUGAAAUAAGAGAUUGGGAAUGUUUAAGAGGAGAUUUCAAUUUGGAUUUGCAUUCAGAAGAAUCAAUGGAAAAGGGAUCUUCUAAGAAAGAUUAUGGCAAUGGUAAGACUGAGGAGGAGGAGCAAAGAAUACAUUUAGGUGUUAAUGUAAAACAAAGCAAAAAUUUUCAUUCAUUCUUACAUGACCAAGAAAGGAAGAUGGGCCAGUCUGAAAUCAGUAUGGAAGGAACAGAAACUAGCAACAGAGACCUAACUGUCCUGCUGAGUAAAGAUACCACAAUUCCCGACCAGGCAAUCACAGCAGAUAUGUUUCAUUCACCAAGGAUAAGUCUAAGUUGGGAAAACGCUGUGUUAACAACUCCAGAGCAUGAUCUCUUGACUAGUGAAGGCACUACUUUACGAGGGAUGCCUGGUCAAGUUUGUUCACCAAGAAGUGGAAAUGUUUUGAGGAAUGAUUGUCUUUUCCAAGUUGAAGAAGAAAAAUCAGAUUGGAUUAAUCCUGAGGAUCAGAAUAAGAAUGCACAACAGAAACAAAGUUGGAAUGUUCUAGAAAGUCAGAGAAAAGCAAGAGAGAGUAAGACAUAUAGAACAGAACAGAACAAGGAACAAUCUGCUUGUGAAGACAUGUGGGGAAAAAGAGAUAAUACAAGGAAUUUGAAAGCUACUCCUAUGGAAGAAUUGUUUACCUGCCAAGAAACAGUGAGCUGUGAACUGUCUUCUCUAGCUGAUCAUGGUGUUACUGAGAAAGCAGAAGCAGGUACAGCUUAUAUAAUUAAGACAACAUCAGAAAGUGCUCUAGAAAGCAUGUCUGCUAGAGAAAAAGCAAUAAUUGCUAAGCUACCUCAAGAGACAGCACGAAGUGACAGGUCCAUCGAGGUAAAGGAAACAGCGUUUGAUCCACAUGAAGGGGGAAAUGAUGAUUCACAUUAUACCCUUUGUCAACGAGAUACAGGAGGUGUAAUCUAUGACAAUGAUUUUGAAAAGGAAUCACGUUUAGGUAUUUGUAAUGUACAUGUAGAUGAAAUGGAGAAAGAAGAAACCAUAUCUAUGUACAAUCCCGGGAAGACACAUGACAGGAAGAAACGUGGCAUUGGAAAUAUCACAUCUGUAGAAGAAUCCUUCCAGGUCAUUACAGGCAAUCAAAAAGCAACCUCAGAACUGGAUUUACAUUUGGGAAUGUUACCAAAAGACAAAAAAACAUUUCCAGAAAAUAGAGAUGAUAAACAGGUCCAAGAAUUAUCAAAGAAAACAGACAGAGAUGCUAUUAUUCAUUCUACUUUAAACUCAGACACUAACAGAGCUUCUCAGAAUGUCUCUCACGUUUCCAAUCACCAUGCUAAAACCUCAGUGCCAUCUCAUGAACAGGCAAUUGCUGUAGAGAAUAUAAUUACUACCAUGACUCUCCAAUCUAUUUCUACUAAAUCAGAAUAUAAUUGUAAUCCAACAAGUGAAAUCCAGGGUAUUGAGAAGCACCCUCAUCUUGGGUCUAUACCUGAAGAAGUUUCCAAAAGUUCAGGAACAGAGACCUCAGGUAGUAGCAGAGAAAGAUUUAAAAGCCAGAUUUUUCAACAAGAACACGGUGUGGAAAAAUCUCUACAGCCAACGAUUUUUGUCAGUGAAGCUAUUGAGACCGUGGAAGAGGCCAGGCAUGAAAAUGAAGGAUUAGCGUCUGGACAAUCACUGGGCUCUUCAGGUGACAAGGAAUCCGAGAGCUCUGCUUCUGCUAGUCUCCCUGCCCAGGAAGGUCAAACUGAAAGCAACCAAUCUCUGCUUUCGAAAUACACCAACUCUAAAGUACCGUAUGUCCUUUUGUUUGUCAUAUUUCUUGUAACCAUCUACCAGUAUGACUUAAUGAUUGGCCUGGCAUUCUACCUUUUUUCAUUGUACUGGCUAUCUUGGGAAGGGGGGAGACAAAAAGAGUCUGUCAAAAAGAAGUAA